CGGCUCUAUUUUUUUUUCUUACAAUCAAAAUGAAGGCCCAGAAGAAGAAAAAAACUCUGAAAUCGCAGAAGCAGAAAGAGGAGGAAGAAGCAGCCCGGCUGCAGCUGCAGCUUGAAAGAGAAGAACAGGAGAGACUGGAAAAUGAGAGAAAGCAGCAGGAGAUACAGUGGUUAGAGGAAAAGGUUUUGGAGAAAAGAGAGGAGGAACUGCUUAAACUGAACACUUUACUUGAGAAAAAUUCCUCGGCAAUAACCAAAUGGAAGACUGCUGCUGCAGAAAAGGCUGCGUGGGAAAGAUAUAUGCGUUGUGAUGGUUACCCAGACCCAAAAGACCAGCGGGCCGUCAAUACUUUCAUCAGCUUGUGGAGAGACGACCUGGAGUCCAACGUUGCAGAGCAGUUUGACCAAUCCACCACAGCCAUACGACUGGCUGAAGAUUUGCACGAGCUUCUACAAGAGGCAAAAGAUCCAAAAGAGGUUCUGAAGUACCAGGAGGCUCUGAUGGAAAUGCAGGAGCUUUUCCAUUCUAAGCACCUUUUCAUAGCUGAGAAGAUCCUAAAGGGAACAUGUGAAAAAAUGGAUCCUGAUGCAACAAACCUGCAGCACGAAUACAAACAUGAGAGGCUGACGCUGUGUCUCUGGGCCAACCUUUUUAAAGACCUAAACUUGAAUGAGCAUCGUUUUGAGGAAGCUGGCCUGAGCUUUACGCUUCCCAUGCAGCUGGUUUGGAGCGCCGUGGCCGUACGGAUGCUCCACACCCACUAUGACCACCUGUCAAUUCUGGUCAGGAUCAGACAUCAGGCACAGAAGCAGGUAGAGGAAGAGAAGGAGCUGCCCAUCGAGGAGUUAGACCAAAAACAGGCUUCAUCCCGUCCCCCAUCCAGAAAAAGUAGCGCAAGUUCAAAGAGAGGCAGGAGCAAGAUAUCUAGACAGAUGGAAGCUUGCAACAGUCAGAUGUCCAGCUCGGAUUUUUCUGAUUCUCCAACUAAGGAUCCAACUGUUCCUCAGCCUAAGGUAAUAAGAAGUGGAGCCCAGGUUGUAGAUGUGAUGCAGUACACAUCCGUGGGUGGGGUUUUCUACUGUGAUCUCUUCCACCUCCCACCUCGGCCUAUCAGAAGAAAAGGAUAUACAAUACUGCAGCUUGAGGAUGGGCUGAGAGUGUUCCCGUACCCAACUGGGAAGCCCAGCAAUGAGGCCUGCCCUCCAGUUGGGGUGUCUGUUACCCUUCCUGACUGGAUUACAAACGUGGAACCUCCACUUGUGGCUCGUUGGGAUGCUGGAGAUAAGCAGUGGAGAUGGGAUGGGAUCACGGACGUAUCCUACGAGAAGGCUGAAGCCAAGAUCUCCUUCAAGAUGGAGACAUUUCAGACCUUUGCGUUGAUGCAGAAGACCUACGCCAACCUCCCCUUUCAGGGCUGGGAGCUGCGACCGCUGGGCCAAGAUUCUGUUCUUUUUACCAUCAAGGGAGCCAUCUUUGACAUCACCAUUACUAUCAAGAAUGAUCAGUGCAUGCUACAGCUGGAGCAGCAAAGAGGCCUCUCUCACCUCAUGGGGAAGUGGAUGAGCGGACAUGCGCUGCAGAAAGCCAUGCUCAAGGCGGGAGUCAACAUCUUCGUGAACGAGCACACGCACAAAUAUGUCAGCUUCUGCAGGAAGGAAUCGCUUACAGAACAAGUUGUUUAUAAACAGAUGGCCCUCUUUGCAUCUGCUUGUGCUUUCUCAUGGAGCAAGUGGAAUGCCAAAUGUGGAGAGGAGCAUCUCGUUCUUCAGGUGUGUGAGCACCAUGACCCCUCCCCUGUACCUGAAGUGUUGUGGGGCGUAUACCUCGUGGGUGCAGAGAAGAGUCAGAAACUAAAGAUUACAGAGAACAGUGAAGCUUUUUCUCCAGACCAUGUUCCUGGCAGCCUGGUCCACAACACCUUCAUCCACAUGCUAGAGGAUAAUAUGAGCCCUGAUGGAAUAGAUAUGACCAGACAUUCCAAUUAUUGUUUUGUUGAUACUGUACAGAACCUGCUGUGUGCCACCAGACCCCUGGUUUUUUCAUAGAUUCUGCCAACAAACCUUUACAGAGAUUCAUUUAAACAGAAGUUGGCUCUAUCCAUCAAAUAGGCAUAGUUGGUUUUACAGGAUUUCCUUAAGAGGUAUUUAAGUUUCUAAAAGACCCUUGGAAACAAAUUUCCGCUGCAGUGGUGAAAAAUCUAAAUAUGAAUACUUUAGUCAGUCUUUUCAGAGUUGUUUUGACAGGAAAACUGCUAAUCCUGAUGGAGAACUUUGAUGAAUCCUCUCUGUUCUUUCUGUUGUUGCCUUUAAGCUGGUUUCAGAUUGUUAGAACUUUACCAUCCUCUGAG